AGCCUUUCUGCAGCGCUCCUCGCGAGCAGACCCACACAAACGUUACGGAGUUAAGGAACAGUCUGAAAUAACGCAAAGAAGAGUGAAAAAUGCGAGACUGCCAACCAAAGGAAUAUCUAACAGAGUUUAAAGGCUGAAAGCAGUGCUGUGGAUCUCCAUGAAUAACUCAACACACCUCCCUGCCUCCCCUUCAUGCCUCUGUCCCGUCUUUGACAAUCAGUCUUCACCCUCUCUCUCCCCACCUGACCGUCACACCUCAUCAAUCCUCCAUUAAACUAUGUCAUCUGCAGUCCGCGCUCUACUCCUGGUGCUGCUCGGUGCCGGGGUCCUGCUCUCCAGCGGAGACUCUCCCCGUAGAGAAAUUAAGAUCGAUGGAGACCUGGUGCUGGGAGGCCUGUUCCCCAUCCACGAGAAAGGUCUGGGAAUGGACGAGUGUGGCCGCAUCAACGAAGGCCGCGGUAUCCAACGUCUCGAGGCAAUGCUCUUCGCCAUAGAUCAGAUCAACCAGGACGUCGGUCUGCUACCAGGCGUGGCGUUGGGCGUCCACAUCCUGGACACGUGCUCUAAAGAUACAUACGCUCUAGAACAGGCGCUGGAGUUCGUCAGAGCAUCUCUUACGAAAGUGGACGAUACAGAGUUUAUCUGUCCUGAUGGUUCCUAUGCUCUACAAGAAGACAGUCCACUUGCCAUAGCUUGUGUUAUCGGAGGAUCGUUUAGCAGUGUCUCCAUACAGGUCGCCAACCUGCUGCGGCUAUUCCAGAUUCCUCAGAUCAGCUACGCCAGUACCAGCGCCAAACUCAGUGACAAAUCCCGCUACGACUACUUUGCACGCACCGUUCCGCCAGACUUCUACCAGGCCAAGGCCAUGGCCGAGAUCCUGCGUGCCUUCAACUGGACCUACGUCUCAACUGUUGCCUCAGAAGGUGACUAUGGAGAAACUGGCAUCGAAGCUUUCGAGCAACAAGCACGUUUGAGAAACAUCUGCAUCGCGACCUCCGAAAAAGUGGGACGAUCGAGCGCAAAACGCUCCUCGUACGAGGCGGUAGUCAGGCAGCUCCUUCAAAAGCCCACAGCUCGCGUGGCAGUGCUCUUUCUACGAAGCGACGAUGCACGAGAGCUCAUAGCAGCUGCCGCACGCCUCAACGCGUCUUUCCUUUGGGUGGCUAGCGAUGGCUGGGGAGCACAAGAAAGCAUCGUUAAAGGGAACGAGUUCACGGCGGACGGGGCUAUUACGCUAGAGCUAGCCGCUCACCCUAUACCCGUAUUCAACCGCUACUUCCAGAGCCUCACCCCACUCAACAACCACCGCAACCCUUGGUUCAAAGAUUUUUGGGAACAAAAGUUUCAGUGCUCGCUGGGCGGGGCUUCAUCGGCAGGGGCGGGGACGCCAAAACCGCCUUGUGACCCGGAAUUGGCGGUAGACGAGUCAAACUUUGAGCCGGAAUCGAAGAUCAUGUUUGUCAUAAAUGCAGUGUACGCCAUAGCACACGCCUUGCAUCGUAUGCAACGAACUCUGUGCGCGAACACCACGCAAUUGUGCGAACCCAUGCGCAGUCUUGACGGCAGAAAACUCUACAGGGACUUUCUACUUCAUGUCAACUUCAAAGCCCCAUUUGCCCCUCCUGGCUUGGAGACUCAAGUGAAGUUUGAUGCAUAUGGCGACGGAAUGGGGCGCUACAACAUCUUCAACUACCAGCGUGUGCCAGGCAGCGACAAAUACACCUAUAUCCAGGUGGGAGAGUGGGCGGAGAGUCUUUCCCUAAACGAGCCCAUGAUUGGCUGGCCAAAGGGAGGAGCAGUCCCCACAUCUCAGUGCAGCGAUCCGUGCGCUCCCAACGAGAUGAAGAAGAUGCAAGCGGGCGAGUACUGCUGCUGGAUUUGCACUCCGUGCGAGUCCUACGAAUACCUGCCUGACGAGUUCACCUGCAUGCCCUGCGCACCUGGCCAGUGGCCCCGACCCGACCUGACAGGGUGCUACGACCUGCCGGAGGACUACAUUAUGUGGGAGGACGCCUGGGCAAUUGGGCCCAUCUCAAUUGCAUGUGUUGGCUUCAUCUGCACCUUAAUGGUCUUCGCCGUUUUCAUUCGACACAACGACACGCCGCUCGUCAAAGCGUCCGGUCGCGAGCUAUGCUACAUCUUGCUUCUGGGCGUUUUUAUGUCCUAUGUCAUGACUUUCAUAUUCAUCGCGAAACCAUCGCCUAUCGUGUGCACGCUACGACGGCUAGGACUUGGUACCUCGUUUGCGGUGUGCUACUCCGCCUUGCUCACGAAGACCAAUCGCAUCGCACGCAUCUUCAGCAGCGUGAAAGAGGGUGGGGCUCAGCGGCCACGCUUCAUCAGUCCCAGCUCGCAGGUGUUCAUCUGUUUAUCACUGAUUUCAGUGCAGCUGUUGCUGGUGUCCAUUUGGCUUCUGCUGGAGGUGCCCGGCACACGGCGUUUCACCACGCCGGAGAAACGGCAGACUGUCAUUUUGAAAUGUAACGUACGGGACUCCAGCAUGCUGCUGUCGCUGAUCUACGACAUGGUUUUGGUGGUGCUCUGCACGGUCUACGCCUUUAAGACCCGCAAGUGUCCCGAGAACUUCAACGAGGCCAAGUUCAUUGGCUUCACCAUGUACACCACCUGCAUCAUCUGGCUGGCCUUCCUGCCCAUCUUCUACGUUACCUCCAGUGACUACAGGGUCCAGACGACGACCAUGUGUAUAUCUGUCAGUCUGAGUGGAUUUGUGGUGCUGGGAUGCAUGUUUGCUCCUAAAGUCCACAUCAUCAUGUUCCAGCCACAGAAGAACGUCACCAGUCAUCGGCUGAACCUGAACCGGUUCAGUGUGAGCGGGCCGGCCACUAGCUACGUGUCCCAUGGAGAAUGAAAGUCACAUGCGUUUGGAACGACAUGAUGCAUCUGUGAGUGCCCAAUACGUUCCGACGGUGUGCAACGGCCGAGAGAUUGUCGACUCCACUACUUCCUCUCUGUGACCCCGCCCCCUCCUUCAAUCUCCUGCUCCUUAGCGACUGUUAGCCAAUCAGCACACAUUGUGCUCCACCCAAGAACUAGGUCUGCCUAAAGUGUGUAGAAAGUGUGUAUUACGAUUAUGAUUAUUAUUAAAUUAUUUUUAGGGCUUGUUGUAAAUAUUAAUUGACAUUGUUGUAGAGAAACAAAAUAAUAAUAACAAAAAAAAAAAAUCUUUUUAGAGAGGUUUUGAACAUUUUUGUUUUGAUAGAUUUAUUAUGUAUGUUGUGAUGAUAUUAAAAUCGAACUAGUUUUUGAUGACUGACAGAUGGGCUCCGCCUGCAAUACUGGACACAAUGUUUUGGUCGUUUUCUUUUGUAGGCGUCAUUGUAAUAACCUGUAUGUAUUUCUAUGUUGUAUAUUUUGUACAGAAUCUUAACCGAUGGUUUUAACAGCACAAGUGGACAGUAUUAGAGUUUAUGCUGGUCAAGAGCAGGAAAACCAUCGCGCCUCAAAUGUCACAUGGUCUCGUCACAGGCAGAGGUUACAACGCCAGCUUAGUAAAUAGUCAUAACAUCUGAACACAUAUUACAUUAUUUGCAUCUCUUAAAGCAUCACGUUCAGAUGACUGUGCACAGAUAUGAAGAUAUAUGCUGCUUUAUAGUACGUUUACAUUGCCUGUGACGAGAAGUCUUCAAAAGCCUAGGAAACUGAGCGAGUGAGGUACGAUGGAUCUGAUAACUGAUAUUAUAAACUUGACAUACAACAUACCCCUUUUUCACCGACAUGGUGCUGAUGGACCCAUUCCGUGCAUUUCCACCAAAGCAAAGGCAGAUAAUGUCCACAUCAGAUAUCGUUUAGCAACAACUCAAAACACAAAUGAACCGAGACGUACACAACUGCUGUAAAUUGCUCACAUUGGAACGAACAAAUCUGUUCAUGCAACUAAGGAUGCGCCGAUCCCGUAUCUGGAUCAUUAUCAGCUCUAAUACUGACGAUUUAAGCCGUACGAUAGCUUUGUGAAUCGCAAAAGGCACAGGAGGCGCAUUUCAUCCGAUUUUGAAUGAGAAGCAUACAAAAACUACUGAGAACUUAACACACAAACUUAAAAGGUCUUCAUGGAAUAUUCCAGAUAAAUAAAA